AUGGCAUCUCCGAGGUCGGCCCAUCCCCCAAUCGGCUCGCAGCCCAUUGCCCAACAGCAAACCUGGAUCAUCGAAGACAUCUUAUUUGUGCUAAUGGGCAUCGACGGAAAGUACAUCACCAGGGCCGAAUCAGUCUCUCCAUACCAGUGCGAGUUUGUCGUUGAUCCUUCUCUCGAUAUAUCGCUUUCUGAUCUGGUAAUCCGAAUAUUCCCGCUCGCGCGGUCGUUUGUUAUCAUUGAGCACUUUAUUGAAACGCACUCGAGGUUCGAGUACGGUCGGGUCAACCACGCUCUAUGUCGAGCCAUGAAGAGCUUGACAAAGGAAUACAUGAUCUUGCUGGCCCAGCUCGAGCACGAAGCGCAUCAAUCCCCAGAGUUUGGCCUGCAUCAGCUCUGGUUCCAUGUUAGCCCCACACUGCAAACAAUGACAACGCUCUCAUCCCUGAUCGAGGCAAUUCUGUUGACCGAGAGCGUUGGCCGCGACGACGUGACAACCAUGGCGUUGUUUCAUGAGCUACACUCCUCAACCCGCGGUGGAGGCGUUCUGCUGGGAGUUAUAGCGGAUCGCAUGCUUUCCCUCAGUGGCGACAACUCGACCAAGCUGCUGUACUCGCAUCUCCUCAGCGAGUCCGCCGUGCCCUACUUUGAGAUGCUGCGGCAAUGGAUCAACCGCGGCGAGAUCUGCGACCCCUACGACGAGUUCAUGAUUCAGGAGCAACGCGGCAUGAGCAAGGAGCAGCUCAAGGACGAUUUCAACGAUCUGUACUGGGACCAACGCUACGUCCUGCGCAUGGACGCCGUUCCCAACUUUCUGGACCCCUUCAAGGAGAAGAUCCUGCUUGCGGGCAAAUACCUGAACGUGGUUCGCGAGUGCGCCACUACCUCGAACGGAACGCACUUUCUCGAGCAGCGGUGGCGGGAGGAAACGAAAAAGUAUCAAGAGUCCAAGAACGGAGGCUCGUCCAGCGGCAUGGUUUCAGGCGACGUGUCCCGGGCAAUCGAGGGCGGCAGAUGGGCCGAUGACAUUGACCUGGCAUAUCGGUUCGCCAACGAGACUCUGUUGUGCAUGCUUGUUCAGGAGCAGGAGCUGAUCCCCAGGCUCAGCUCCCUCAAGCACUACUUUUUCCUCGAUCAGUCCGACUGGCUCACGCAUUUCUUCGACCUGGCACUGCCCGAGCUUUCGAAGCCUUCGAACAAGGUCGGGGUCGAGAAGGUCUCGAGCCUACUGGAACUCGUCCUGCGCAACCCGAGCUCAGCAUCCUCGUCGGACCCAUACAAGGAUGAUGUUGUGAUUGAGUUGAGCACCAUUUCUCUCGCAGAGCAUCUGCUGACGGUCAGCACGAUCACGGGGGCCAACAGCCGCGAGCAGUUCAUGGAGGGGCAGCACGAGCGAAUCCAGCGGGCCAAUCUCAAGAGCGAUCAGCAGCUCUCUGCCUGGGCAAGUGAAGGACAAAUCACCCCGGACACUUACUUCCACGCGAUUCGUCUGCUGCCGCGAUUGCACAUAGGCAUCGAGUCGUUCAUGCUCGGAUACACGGUUCGGUUUCCGCUUUCGCUGGUGCUCGGCAAAAAGUAUCUGAUCAAGUACCAGCUCAUCUUCCGGCAUCUGUUCCACUGCAAGUAUGUCGAGCGCUUGCUGUGCGGACUGUGGUUCGAUCAAACCUCCUUCCACCGCAUCUCCAGAGCAAAAUCGCGCCCCAGUCGCGCUGCAGCCGCCGAGAAUGACUCUAGCGAAAGCGCCGAGAGCCGGGAAGAGAGCAUGCUGUUCAUGGCACGGCUCGGGGCCCUGAGAACCAAGAUGGUCCACUGUGUCCAGCAAGUACUCUACUAUAGCUGUUUCGAGGUGCUGGAGCCGCAGUGGCUCAAUCUCGAGAAGACCAUCAAGAAGGCGACGACGGUCGACGAAGUCUUGAAGCUCCACAUGGACUUUUUGGAUACCUGCCUGAAGGAGUGCACGCUGACUAACCAGAGUCUUGUCAAGAUUUUCAGCGAGUUUAUGGAAACCUGCGUCUCCUUCACCGAGUUUUGCAAAUGGUACAUGAUGCUUCGGCACGGAUCGGGCACACGCGAGGGCGAGACCGAGCUCCCUCCCCCGCCCAAGGGAACCUUUUCGAGUCGAUCCAGCACGCUUGCGACCUUGGAAAAGUACGAGACUCAGACGAUGGCGCAAAUCCGCGAACUCCUCAAGACGCUCAAGUACGUCGCCACCCUCGAGACGGCGUCCCUGGCCGAUCUGGCGACACGCAUGGAUUACAACCAGUACUACUCUCGCCAGCCAGUCUUCAGCUCGGCAGCAGGCCUCAGCAGCAGCGCUUUCCUGAGAGCCGAAGUGCAGCGGGCCGGCGGUGGCAGUAGCUCGCGACAAGGCUUCAAGCGACAGAGAAGCGGACUUGAGUUGGGCCAGGCUCGAUCAGCCGGGCGCAGGAACCCGCAAGCCAACACCGGGGAGGACUUGAUGGAUCUGGAGUAG